UCCCGUAUAAUUAAGAUUUGCUUCAUUCAGGCGGGAGAUUUGGAAACAACAACAAUUGACUCUGUACGGCUUUUGUCAAGCCAAAAAUACACAAAUCCGGCGUACAGCUCAGACUUUAACAGAUCGGUGAAUUCAUGGGAGUCAUUGACCAAAUGGAGUUGGACUUUCUAACGAAUCAACAGUUGUUGUCAUUUUUCCACCGCAAAAAGACGGAGAUUUCGUGCAUUGAGCAACCGCACAUUUUCCUCUCACAGCUGAGAGACUACGACCUGUUGCCGGAGCCGCUGUUUGAGAAAGUGAAAAAGAUGCACAAACGAGAUCAGAAGCAGAAAGGAGUCUAUGAGGUUCUGGACUGGCUGGAGAAAGAGAGAUCUCAGCACAUGCAUAAAUUCUGGCGCUGUGUGUUUAAAGAUCAUAUCGUGCAGAAGUACCCCACGCUAUGCCUGCUCAAAAACCAGAUGCCAGAUGCUGUCAUCAGUUUCUCAGAGGAGCCUCCAGAUGCUGAGACACUGACAAAAGAGAGUGAAGGAAUAAUGAAGAAAGCGAAGCAGAGGAAAAACACAAGAAAGAGAAAUAGAGAUGGCAAAAGUAGUGAGGAUAGUGGUGAUCCAGGUCCGUCUUCUGCUUCCACUCCGACUCGCAAGAAACCAGCCAAGAAACCCUCAUUCUCAUCUCCUGUAAAGAAAGGAGACAAUCAGGAGAUUUGGAUGUUUCCUAUUUAUAAAACCCAGUUGCCUGUAAAAUGUGGGGAUAAAGAAGGCACUCUCUAUCGGGACAAACUGCCUAAAGGAGAGAAAUGUAUUUUGGCUCGGGGACUCUGGUUCUCCCCAUCUGAGUUUGAAAAGUUUGCAGGGAAGGAAAAGAGCAAAAACUGGAAAGUUAGCAUCCGCUGCAGAGAUACACCACUUAAAAAACUCAUCGAGGAGAAUCAUCUUCAGUGUCCACCGAUGGAGAGAAGAAAGAGGAAAUGUGUCCAAAAAAACAAGACAAAGCUGUUUUGCAUCAGUUCAUCGGAGAGCUCCAGUCCAAAUUCAGAAACUACCGCCAGUUCAGAAGAGGAAAGUGAUGCUGAAGACUUCCAGGAGGAGAGCAGGAGCUCAGGAGGAGGAUCACAGAUUAGAAGUAGAGUUGGUGAUGAGGAGGAAGAUGAGAUGGCAGAUCUGACUGUUUUCCAGGCUCCAGCUUUACCAGUCACCUGCGUCUCACUCACUGGGACUCUGUACAAAGACAGGUUUGCCACAGGGAGGCGUGGGAAGAGUAUACGGACUGAAGUACGCUGGUUCACUCCGGAGGAAUUUGUAAAGGAGGAACCCACUCUCACCGAUGGACUCUGGAAAAGAGAUAUACUGUGCCAUGGAAAAACUCUCAACUUUUUAUGCAAGAAAAAGAUCCUGCAGAUUCAUUCUCUUCUGUGUGAAUGUGUGAAAUGCAGCCCUGGUCCAAAAGACCUGAUGGACCAGAACAACGAUGAUGUGUGUUAUGCCUGUCGCUGUGGGCAAGAUCUGUCGUGUUGUGAUGAAUGUCCACGGGCUUUUCAUUCAGACUGUCACCUACCAGCUGUACCUGAAGGCUCUGGGAAAUGGAUUUGCACCUAUUGCGUGUUAAAAACCAGUCAACAGUGGCGUGUUUCCAGUAACAUGACUGAACAGGAAGCUUUUGAUGCUCCAGUAUCUCAAUAUAUACUGCAGUGCCACUACCUGCUGUUAUGUAUGUACAAGGAGGAUAUCCAGAGGGUGUUUGUAGAGGAUCCACGCCCAAAUGUGGACAGAUACUCUGAGUUCAUUUCUCAGCCAAUGUGGCUGGACAGAAUAAAGUCGAAGUUGGAAGAUAACAAGUAUCUGAAGUUUGGAGAGUUCGUCUCUGACUUUCGGCUCAUUUUCAGCAACUGCGAGAAAUUUAAUCAGGACAAUGAGUUUGGUCAAUUGGGUGCCAAACUGAAGGAAAUAUUUGAGGAGGAGAUCCAGAAAAUCUUCUUUAUCCAAUAACAGCUUUCUUUCCCAAAUUGUUCAAAUAAGUGGAGCUUUAAGUAGCUUUCAAUGUUCAAUUUAUCCCAUUAUAAUGUAAGUGAGGUGUAAAGAGUACCUGAAAAAGUUACAUGUUACCAAUUUGAAAACCACUUGAGUAAUCGUCCUAGAGAAACAUAUAUUAUUAGCUCCUAAAUAUUUUAUUCAUAUACUGUAGCUCAAAGUGCACUACUUUUUGCAACCCUGGCUCAUUGGGAAUACAAGCCCUCAGCUACAUUUUUGCCAAACUGGGAAAAAAUUAUUUAAUACAAUUUAAUAUCAUGUUAAUAAAAUAAUUGGCAUACAAAUAAAUAGCACAAAAACAACUUAAAUAUGUCUGUGAUAGCCCCGGCUAUCUCCAUAUGGAUGACUUUUCAGGUGAGGUCAGUUUGCUUGGUAGCUAGCCUUGGAUGAUAUCAUACAGAAAACAGGUAAAAAAUUAUAAUAAUAAUGUUAAAUCAUACUAAAAUAUGCAGCUGCUAUGUGCUUUUCUCUUCUCGUUUGCUUUUGAAAACACUAUCAUUUGGAUUUAGGGAAGGGGGAGGAUCAGUCGAGUGUUAAAUCCAGUCACGUAUCUAGAGCACUUUAAAGAAAUAAAAACUCAGCCAUGGAGACAGUUCAGAUUUUGUUGUGAAGCAGCUCUAAAAGUAAAUUUUUAUUAUGUAAUUUAAAUUAGUUUCAUUGGUAAUAGGCAGUUCUACAAUAGACAGCAAUGUUGUUAUUCAGCUCAAGGAUUUCAGAUUUGAUUCAGUCUUUAUUCACCUUUUAAUAUUGAUUUUUAAUAGAUUUUUAAUGUUGCGGAAUGAUUUAGUUUUUUAAUC